AUGUUGUCGGAAUCUGUCUACAGGCUCUCGAGGUUGAGGUCCGUCCAGCCCAGAAAACAUUUUUCCAUUUUUGCCCUUUGUAGUGGUAUGGGAGGUGAAAAAAUCAUCGGUAAUGGAGGCGAUGCUCGCAGUUGCCCGGAACAAUUUGGCAAGGGUGAUGGAAAAGAAGCAUCUUUAUUGAAAAGUGAGACGAAUUGGUCAUCCUUCAAAUUUUCGUUCGGUCGAGAAUCUGAUUUUGUUGGAUUUGGCACUGUUCGUGCACUAACUCGUCAUUUCAGCUCCCAGCAUGAAGCAAUAGAUAUUAAACACAAGUUGAUGGGUUCUAUCCCUAAAUUUGUAAAGAUAGUCGAAGUUGGUCCACGAGAUGGGCUGCAAAACGAGAAGGAAAUUGUGCCAACUAAUGUGAAGGUGGACUUGAUAAAAAUGCUCGCAUCUUCUGGUUUGCCUGUCGUUGAAGCUACUAGUUUUGUUUCACCAAAAUGGGUACCUCAGCUAGCUGACAGUAAGGAUGUGAUGUUGGCCAUUCGGGAUAUUGAGCAUUGUCGGUUUCCUGUUUUGACUCCGAACAUGAAAGGUUUUGAGGCUGCUUUGGCAUCUGGAGCAAAAGAAGUGGCUGUAUUUGCUGCAGCAUCCGAGUCAUUUUCCCGUUCAAACAUAAAUUGCAGCAUUGUAGAUAGUCUUGCUCGAUAUUGUGAAGUUGCACUUGCCGCUAAAGAACACUCUAUUCCAGUUCGUGGAUAUAUAUCAUGUGUUGUGGGUUGUCCAGUUGAAGGGGCAGUGCCUCCUUCGAAAGUAGCCUAUGUUGCUGAAGAACUUUAUAAAAUGGGUUGUUCUGAAAUAUCUCUUGGUGAUACAAUUGGAGUCGGCACUCCUGGUAGUGUGAUUCCAAUGCUUGAAGCUGUUCUUAAUGUUGUUCCAUUAGAGAAGCUUGCUGUACAUUUUCACGACACUUACGGGCAAGCCCUUUCAAACAUUCUCUUAUCACUCCAGAUGGGUAUCAGCACUGUGGACUCUUCCAUAUCGGGCCUCGGUGGUUGCCCGUAUGCCAAAGGCUCUACUGGAAAUGUGGCCACCGAAGAUGUUGUCUAUAUGCUUAAUGGGCUGGGCGUGCAAACAAAUGUGGAUCUCGAAAAACUCAUUUGGGCUGGAGAUUACAUUUCCAAGCAUUUGGGUCGGUCUUCUGGUUCGAAGGCUGCAACUGCAUUAAGAAGAAGAAUCUUGGCUAAUGCCUCCAAGCUCUAA